UAAAAACUUUUAAGAUGAAAGAAGGUAUUAUAUGUGUAUCUUAUAAGAGAAAUGAUAACCGCUUAUUAAUUUACUAUUUAAAACGCCAUGAAACACGUUAUCUUCUUCUUGCCACUUUUAGUGCAAGAUUAGCAUUAGCAAUGGUGUCGUAGAAACAGAAAUGGCGCCGCUUGCACGACGUUUCAUCAACAUCGUAAGUGAAGGUGUGCCUGUGGAAAUACUGUGACAUGGAGAGAAGUCAGACUCUGUCAGAGACACCUGCAUCUGCUAGACGUCUCUUGUGAAGACACAUUCACUGAUUUAAAGGCUCACACAAGUUUCAAGAUGGAAGAACAAAAAUUAGCCCAGUGCAAUGAAGAACCUGUUCGUAACACCAUACAGCAGGAGAAUUCUUUGACAGAGAUUUCAAAUAUUGCUUGUAACAAGGAUAAAGUCACUAUGAAUACAUUUUGCAAUAAAAACAAAUCUGAAAUUCAAAAAAAGAGAAAGGUUCAAAAACUGUCUCCAGCUUUGUCUCAAGAUAGGGAGGUUGAUAUUGAGAUUCCACAACCUGAAGAAAAUAAAAAUAAAAAUAAAAGAGUAAAAGUUCCUAAGAGAAAUGCAUCUGUGCCCUCUAUCCAAGAUCAUGUCGAAGAGGGUACAGAGCACAUGUUUCGCACGCACAUAUGCACAGAAUGCCGGCGUUGCUUUAAGACUCGCUCUCACCUGAUGGAACACAUGCGUCUCCAUUUUCCCGACCCCAGCCUGCAGUGUCCCACCUGCAAGCAUUACUUCACCAGCAAAAGUAAGCUGCGCGUCCACAUGCUCCGUGAGUCUGGCGAGAAGCGACACUGUUGCCACCUGUGUGAGUACAGCGCGGUGGAGCGUAACACACUGCGCCGCCACCUCAUCAGCGUGCACGGUCACCAAGGUGAGGACGAUCAUGCCACGGACCCCUACACAUGCCCGACUUGCCAAAAGAGCUUUCACCAGAGUCAGGCAUUAAAGAGCCACAUGAAGACCCAUCACAUGACGCACGAUGGCCAGCCUCUGCUCUGCUUCCAGCAGGGAUGCUCCUUUCAGAGCACAGAAAAAAAGCAGAUUCAGAAGCACAUAAUUGAUGUACAUGGGGUCAAAGCCACGGAGUGCCGUCACCAUGCCUGCAGCGCUUUAUUUGGGAGCCAAGAGGAUAUGGAGGCUCAUUUUCGCAUGCAUCAGGCUUUUCACUGCACACAGUGCAACUUCACUUGUUCUAACAAGAGCCGUUUCCAGCAGCACAAAAGACAGGGCCAUGCAGGUGAGACACAGCUUAGCUGUAGCUUCUGUCCUUUCAGCACCUUCAAUCCAGUGGAGUUUGACCAGCAUGUAGGCCAUCUCCAUGCCAGUGAGAAAAUACACAGAUGCCAGGAGUGCAGCUUUGUGACCGCUCACAAAAGAGUCCUUAAAAGACACUUGCUGAUGCAUACAGGUGAAAAGCCCCACAAAUGCGCACUGUGUGAAUUCAGAUGCCGAGAUGAGACGUAUCUCUCAAAGCACAUGCUGACGCACUCUGAUGAUAAGCAGCAUAUGUGUUCAGAAUGUGGCUAUGUCACCAAAUGGAAGCAUUAUCUGAAUGUCCACAUGCGCAAACAUACUGGUGAUCUCCGGUACAAGUGCAACCAGUGCAUGUACCGCUGCCACCGCAUUGACCAGCUGAACAGCCAUAAACUCCGUCAUCAAGCCAAAACCUUGAUUUGCGAGGUGUGUGCCUACUCUUGCAAGCGGAAGUCCGAACUGCAGAAACACAUGCAGCUUAAACAUUCUACUGGUGAAGAGCACCAGCCUCCUCUUUACCAGUGCAAGUUCUGUGCAUAUUCAACAAAGUACCGGCAAGCACUACACAACCAUGAAAACUGCAAACAUACUCGGACAAGGGAGUUUCGCUGUGCCCUCUGCUCCUACACCACAUUUAGCAACACUGGUCUUUUCCUGCACAAGCGGAAAGCUCAUGGAUAUAUCCCUGGGGACGUGAAAUGGCUGGAGAUAUAUGCAGAAAAAGAACGACAAAAGAACUCUGUGGAUGUAAUGCAGAAUUUUUACUCUAAAGUUGCAGGACCUCAGAGAGCAGUUGAGGAAAAUUCAGGAAGUCCUGCGGAUUCAGGAAGCAAUACACAAAAUGCUAACCAAGUGGAGUUGCAAAAUAAUGUGACAAACAUUGUUAGUUCCGAUAGUCCUCAUAGAUGUGAAACAGCAAAUAAUUCAGACAAAGCCAAUGCAAUCUUAGAACACCAUGUCGGUUCUGAUGUUAGGUCGUUUGUAGAGGAAAAAAAUAAGGUCAGUGUAGGAAGUCAGCCCGUUAUUCUUGACCAAGAGCAAUUUGGUAUUCUAACUCCCUUAGCAGGAACUGAAAAUCCACAGAUGGCUCCCUUGGAUACUGAGACAGAAAGUGCUGUGACUGUGCCUAUAGAUGGUGCUACUGGGUCUUACAUGCCAUGUGAUGUCCCUCAGAUCCCUCUGGAGACUGUAAGUGAAGAGGAAGAUGUUGUCAUGUCAGGCCAUGAGGAUGGUAGUACAUCUGAUGAGCAGAUACCAGACAGAGGAAAUGAGAUUUUGGAGGACGAGGCCCAAACCUCAGCAGCCACUCAGUCUGCUUUCUCUUCGGCCCAUGCAAAUGAGGCUGGAGGUUCAGAAACUUUGCUUCAGGUCAUGAGGAGACAUGACAAAGACCAAGCUGAGGUCCUGAUCCUGGAGGGUCGAGUGCAGAUGCUGGUGGUCCAGACUCGAAACAACAUCUACCAGUGUGAUCGUUGCUUGUAUGUGACCCGGAAACAUGCAGCUUUAGUGAGGCAUUGCAGAUCAUCCUGCCAGGUGAUGAAGGCGGCUCUCCAGUGCCAGGACUGUGGCUUACGCUUCAAACAAUUACGUUCCUUUAACACCCACCGUUUCAGAAAGUGCCGUGCUCUGCAGAAAAAGAAAAAAAUCUUUUUUGUGAACACAGAACAUGAUAGAACUGCACAGAGCCAGAAUAAAACAUAUAAUAAGGACAAAACUGGAUGCCUGUUGACACCUGUUAUAGGGACAGAUCAAUGGAAGGAGAAUAUGCAGGAAAUCACAUUGGGAGCUAAAAUGGCAAAUGUUGACUCAGAGAGCACGAAAACAAAUGAUGGUUCAGAGUCCCUUGGCUUGGCUCAUGGUGAAACAUGUGGUUAUCAUGAAGACAGUUGUAAGUUCACCUGCAAAAUAUGUUCCUUUUCAUGUAGCAGAAAGGCCAUGAUAGAUCGGCACUGUGCAGCCUGCUCCAGACGAAUAUCUAAAAGAAAGUUUACUGUGAUUGGCUCUGAGCCAGAGGAACAGCACAGUGAGUCAGACUGUGAGGAAGGGGAGCAAGACAGAGGAAACACUAAAGGAGACUUGGGAGAGAAAGCAAUAAAGAGUAAAAAGCGAAUUUCUUGUCCAAGAUGUCCGUUUGUUUGCCAACAGAAGAGGGCGUUGACAAGCCACGAAAAGCGAGGCUGUUUAAGGCCUGGGGAGAUCCAGUGCCAGCACUGUUCAUUCGUGGCCAGAUCAGAGAAAUCGCUAAAGCAUCACUUCCUGAUUCACAGUAAAGGAAUGGAUACUAAGAGGGGCAGAAGAGCUCAGCUAUGUUGUAGACUCUGUUCAUUCACCUGCAAACAGGAGAGAUGUAUGGCACAGCAUGUGGCACUGAAACAUGAGGGCGUGCGCCCGUUCCGUUGUCGCUUUUGCGAUUUCAGCACGGCACGGCGUAACCGCCUGGAUGCCCACGAGUCCAUCCACACUGGUGUCGGGAGGCACUGCUGCGAGCUGUGUGGUCACACUUUUGGCACCUCAUCCAAGCUACGUCUGCAUCGUCAGAGGAUCCACGACAAGCAGGCCACCCACUUCUGCCCUCUGUGUGACUACAAAGGCUACAACCCAACCGACAUCAACCGCCACACCCUCAGCUGCCACACGGGGGAGCUAUGUCACUCCUGCAGUCAAUGUGAGGCCCGUUUCAGCUCUGAUAUUGCCUUGAAGCAGCAUUGUAAGCGGGCUCACCAGACUGACAGCAGCCAAGGCUGUUCCCAGUGUGGCUUCACCUGCACCAGCCAACCUGUCCUCAAAGACCACAUGCAACGUGAACAUUCUCGAAAUGAUAGUGCUAGCUCACAAGACUCACGGCUUGUUCCAGAGAAGCGCCACAAGAUCUCUCUCACCCAGCAGUGUCCAGAUUGCCCUUUCACCACUGGAAAGAGGCUGCUUCUAAUCCAGCAUAUCUUGGAUGAGCAUGAGGGGGAACGUCACGAGGAAAAAACUCUGAAAUGUGAUGUUUGCGGCUUCUCUUGCUCACAUCAGCUUGUGUUUGACCAGCACGUUCGUUCUCAUGGAGGCACCUGUCUCUACAAAUGCACAGAGUGCGACUUUUCUACCCGCAACAGGCAGAAGAUCACAUGGCACAUUCGCAUCCACACAGGAGAGAAACCGUACCGCUGUGAGAAGUGCACCUACACCUGUGCUGAUCCUUCUCGACUGAAGUAUCACAUGAGGAUUCACCAGGAUGAACGCAAAUAUCUCUGCCCAGAAUGUGGUUACAAAUGCAAAUGGGUAAACCAGUUGAAGUACCACAUGACAAAACAUUCAGGAGCCAAAUCAUAUGCGUGUGAGGAAUGUGAAUAUCGCACAAACCGCGCAGAUGCCCUGCGUGUUCACUGCGAGACACGUCAUCGGGAUGUGCGUUCCUUUGUCUGCGAGAAGUGUGGCAAGGCCUUCAAGACCCGCUUCCUGCUCAAGACGCACCAGAAGAGGCACAGCGACGAGCGGCCCUAUGUGUGCUCUGUGUGCCAGCGCGGGUUCCGCUGGCCUGCCGGCCUCCGCCACCACUACCUGUCCCACACCAAUCAGCUGCCCUUCCGCUGCCUGCACUGCUCCUACCGUGCCAAGCAGAAGUUCCAGGUGGUAAAGCACCUACGCAGGCAUCAUCCAGGCCAGCCCUUGCACAGUGGAGUGUAUAAGGACCCAGACGUUCCUGCAGUCCCUCUCCAAAAGGCCAGGCUUGGGUCAAAAGAAGAAGGGGUCGCAGAAGGACAAAGUGUUGCAGAGGCAGUAAAAGAAAUGGAAGAACCUUAGCCUUUGUUUUCCCCUGAGGGUUUAGCCCAUUCAUACACUGUAACAGUUUUGUUUUAGGUUUAACAUACACUUGACUGAAGGUGAAUUGUCUUUUAUCUGAGUUGAUAUCUUUUAAGCUUUUCGAAACACUUGCAUAUUCAAAGGGAAAACUUCAUGAUGGGGAAAGAGUCAACAAUAAUUAUAUAGUCUUUUAUACACACGCGCGCACACACACACACACACAUAUAUGGUAUUGAAAACAAUAUUUUUAUUUACUCUUAUUUUGUUAAUUAUUCUUGGGAUUCUAAAGGCACUUUUAUCAUGAAAAAUAUUGCUUAGUACCAUAUGUAAAAUUGCUUCAUGCUUUAAUUUGUAAUUUGAUAACCUUUUAUUUGAAGUGACUGGCUUUACAAUGGAACAGGCCAGAGCUACACACAAAAUAUCAACAACUGGGAUAAAUAAAUAGCUUUAAUAGCAGCAUACAUUUAUAUAUGUGUUCCCUCAAACAUUUCCCCUGAAUGUCACAAAAGUCCUGUAUUUAAGGAGACACAGAUGUGUGCAAAAUGACCUCCACCCUGAGGUAAGACUACAAAAUAUGAUUAGCAGGGAUAAUGGGACACUGUAAAUGCAGUGGAUGUACUGAUACAAGGUGACUACUUCAAAACAAGACUUAAAGUGAAAUGUUAUAAAUGUGUAUUGUAAACAAUCUAAAUAAAUAAAAGUAAAACAUUUAA